AUUUCCACCUUAACUGUCACGGGUCCCCCUGGACCACCUGGACCUCAAGGACUACAAGGGCCAAAGGGAGAGCCAGGAUCUCCAGGAAUCCCAGGAGUUGAUGGAGAGCAGGGACUCAAAGGCUCAAAGGGAGACGGGGGGGACCCAGGGAUGCCAGGUGAAAAAGGAGGAAUCGGACUUCCUGGAUUGCCGGGUGCCAAUGGAAUGAAAGGAGAGAAAGGAGACUCCGGAUUGCCAGGUCCUCAGGGCCCUUCUAUCAUAGGCCCACCAGGCCCACCAGGUCCCCAUGGUCCACCAGGCCCCAUGGGACCCCAUGGACUUCCUGGACCAAAGGGAGCAUCUGGCUUAGACGGAAAGCCAGGAGCCCGGGGUACAGAUGGCCCUAUGGGACCGCAUGGCCCUGCAGGUCCCAAAGGAGAAAGAGGUGAAAAAGGAGCUGUGGGAGAGCCCGGACCCAGAGGGCCCUACGGCCUGCCCGGGAAAGAUGGAGAGCCUGGUCUUGAUGGCUUCCCUGGUCCACGAGGCGAGAAGGGUGAUCUAGGAGAAAAGGGAGAAAAGGGAUUCCGUGGCAUUAAGGGGGAAAAAGGGGAGCCAGGCCAGCCUGGCCUGGAUGGGCUGGAUGCCCCUUGCCAAUUGGGCCCAGAUGGAUUACCCAUGCCUGGCUGUUGGCAAAAGUGAUGAAACUAACCUUCCGAGCAUGAAGUUGUGUAUAUAGUGGUCCACUCUUUAUAUUUAUAGUUGAAAAUCAAAUUGCAGAUUUUACAAGUCUGAGAUAUGUUUACAUAUAGCUGCUUCUUCCUGUUUGCAGUAGUACACAUGUCCAUCUUUUCUUUGCUUACAUCUAAAAUUGGGCAACAUGUGAAACUAGUGAGAAGCCUGCAGAAAAAUAUAGAUCAGUAUCUCUUUAUCUUAUGUAAAGAUGCCUAUUUAUAUGGACAUAUCAGUGAUAGAGAAUGAUUGUUCUUGCUAUUUUCUUACUUUGGGCUUGCCAAUUGCAUGGACAAAAGGGGCCAUGAAAUAGUUUACAUAAAAUUGUGACCAAAUAUGGACUCAAAACUAUGAAAAUGUACCGUACUGACCGAUGUUAGCGUUUAUUGUCACAUCCCUACUCACCUUCACUGUUAGCGCUGAGUUCACACCACCCAUUGAAACUGACUAAAACAGCAUGACCCUGCCAAACCUGCCUGCUGUUGUGCACCUUCAGAUGCUAGCACGCCUCUUGGUGAGUCCUUCAAUCACAUCUGAGCUUUUAUUUCUUUUGUCAUCUCAAGGGGGUUACACCAUGGCUUAUUGCCAAAAAGAGAUAAAGUGGUGGAGAGCACACACACAAGUGGUCUUGUAUUUUGAGGGAGUUGCAGUCCCAACUGCAGAUCUACAGCUUCCAGUAUUGUGGGCUCACGUGGCCACCUUGGUUGAAAUAUCCAGGGGUUGAGCUGGUUGUGCCGCCGGUUUUCCUUGGGCUGCCCUUGGCAGUGAAGACCAGGAAAGGGGACCGGUUCAGUAUC